CUUCAAAAAUAAAAUCGUUUCGCCUGGAACAUUGAGCCUAUUUUGUCAACCCACAAAAACCAGACAGCAGAAAGGUAGCACUAAGCUUUUAAAGAUUCUUCUUUUAUCAUUCAUUGAACGAACCAACCAAAGCGAAAACAUAAAAGUUCAUAUUUUUCUCAGUUCAUAUUUUUCUCAUCUUUUUUCAAGUAAAUUAGAUUGACACUGAAGCUUCUGUGAGGAACAUAAAAUAGAUUAAAGCAUGGGAAGUCCACACCAGCCUAAGAGGAGAGUGGCAUUUGUGCUUAUUGAUGGGUUGGGUGAUGUGUCAUUACCAAGGUUUGGGUCCAAGACUCCUUUGCAAACAGCGAAUGUUCCAAACUUGGACGCUAUUGCAUCUUCUGGAGUCAAUGGCCUUAUGGAUCCUGUUGAAGUAGGUUUGGGUUGUGGAAGUGACACUGCUCAUCUUUCACUACUCGGUUAUGAUCCGCGAGUUUAUUAUAGGGGUCGAGGUGCAUUUGAAUCAAUGGGCGCUGGACUGGCUAUGUCACCUGGUGAUAUUGCAUUCAAGUCAAAUUUUGCAACAUUCGAUGAGAAAACUGGAAUAGUCACCAGUAGAAGAGCUGACAGGCACUUUGAAGAGGAAGGGCCAAUUCUUUGUGCAGCUCUGGAUAGGAUGAAGUUGCCAUCUUACCCUGAGUACGAAGUCAGAGUCAGGUAUGCAACAGAACAUAGAUGCGGAGUGGUUGUAAAAGGACCAAGAUUGAGUGGAAAUAUUUCAGGAACAGAUCCAUUGAAAGACAACCGCUUACUUCUACAAGCUGAAGCCUUAGCUGAUACUGAUGAAGCAAGGCAUACAGCUGCAGUUGUCAAUGAAUUGUCCAGGGAGAUGUCACGGAUUCUGCUCUCUCACCCACUGAAUGCAAAACGAGCUGCAGAGGGAAAGAACAUUGCCAAUGUCGUCCUAUUACGAGGAUGCGGUAUUCGAAUUGAGGUUCCCUCAUUUGAAAGAAAACAUGGUUUAUGGCCAUGCAUGGUAGCUCCCACUAAGAUUAUUGCUGGUUUAGGCCUAUCACUUGAUAUUGACAUUUUAGAAGCUCCUGGGGCUACCGGAGAUUAUCGUACACUUUUGACUUCCAAAGCUUCUGCCAUAGCCAAGGCACUUUCUGCUCCUUUGCAGUCCUGCCCUAAUGUUUUUGUGCCAGGGGAGGAUGAGCUCAAACCGGGCAGAGCAGAUGGUUAUGACUUUGGGUUUCUCCACAUUAAGGCAAUAGAUGAUGCAGGUCAUGAUAAGGCAAGCAUUUUUAAAGUUAAGGGAUUGGAAGCAGUAGAUCGAGCUAUAGGUCAGCUUGCCAAGCUUCUUUGGCAGGCUGAAUCAACCGGGAACUUCCAGUAUUUCCUUUGUGUCACUGGUGAUCACUCUACUCCAGUUGAAUAUGGAGAUCACAGUUUCGAACCAGUUCCAUUUGCCAUGUGCCGGUUAACAGAUUUUGUGGGUGCUGUGGGUGGAGAGUCCAAUAUUGUGGCAACUUCCCUCGAACCAUUUCCUCUCCCAACAAUUAAGGCUGGUGAAGACCUAGAGGAAGAUAAGAUGCCGAAGGAGAGUGGUAACCAAGAACUUAAAGCUUUCGGUGGUGAUUCAGUCUGUGAAUUUAGUGAGAUAGCAGCAGCAAGAGGAUGUCUUGGAAGAUUUCAAGGAGGAGAAAUGAUGGGUGUCAUAAAGGCAUUUCUCAAGCUAAAUGCUUGACAUGCUUUUGAAGGAAAAAUAAAAAGACGGUUAGCUUAGGUGACAGGUUUUGCUAAUAAGCUUGUUAUUUAACUCAAAAAAAAAAAAAAAAGACAAAAAAAGAAAAAAGCAAUCAGCUGAUGAUGCUUUUUUUCUUUCUUUUUACAUCAUUAGAAUUUUCAAGGCACUUUGGUUUUACAUUUAAAGAAAAUUACACAAGUUGUAUGAUUUUCUCAUA